AUGUCGCGUCUGGCUGCUUGUGAAGCUUGCAGGAAGGCCAAACUGGCAUGCGACCAUCAGUUACCCGUUUGCACGCGUUGCAGUGCUAACAAGGGAAUUUGUAUCUACAGGACUACGCCCUUUAAGCGAAAAAGAGUCGAGAAGCAAAGCCUUGAUUCGCCGGAUGAAUCGCCGUCAUUUAAUCCAAGGCGCAAUCCGUACCCAAACCCUGGAUAUCUAGGAUCUUCCAGCCAUGCAGCUAUAUUCAAGCACAUCACUCCAGAUGGAGACCAAGGCCUCGGUAAUCAUCAGGUGGUACCGGAGGAUCUACAAUCAGACUUAUUUGGGGACAACCAUCUGGUCCUGCAAGGCGCAGAUAUCCUCAAACACCUCUUGACAACAUACAAGUUGUCCGCCAUGACAGAUCUCGUCAUGUUUUGGCUAGUCAAGGGAGCUAACCUGGCCCUGGCAGAGCCCUUUGUUGAACAAUGUGCUCAGAGUGUGAGCCAAUUGUUUACUUAUCAUGACGACAACUGGCAUCUAAUUUAUGCAAGACGCCUCUUGCAAAACUCGGCCCAGCCACUGCACUUUAACGAUACCUCUGACCUGGCUAGUUUCUCGGCUCAGUUUCUCGAUCACAAUUCUCGUUGGGAGACACUGGGGAUUUUUUUUGCCGCUGUCAGUCGAGCGACAAUUGACAUUGCGAUCUUUCCCUCUCUAUAUACCACCGAGCAAGAGCAGUACACUCUCCGAAGACUAUGCACCAAACUUUGCGACUUCGCACUAGAGAUAUCUCUGUCUCUAGAUUGCUUGAAUGAUCUACAGCUGGUGAUGCAAUACGAAAACUUUAUCGUUCACUCCUAUGUAGAUGGAGACCAAAGCUAUCAUUCCUGGCGCAAACUAGGCGACGCAAUAUCUUCCACAUUUGCCCUAGGCUACCACGAAAACAUCGAAAUAAAAGCCGGACUCCCGCCAUUCCUUAAAGAACUGCGCAAAACAGCCUUUGCGCGUAUCUACUCCGCAGAUAAGAAUGUAGCAAUAUUCCUCGGCCGCCCGCCACGAAUGAACAAACGAUUCUGCCACUUCCAGAUCCCAUCGUGCCGGAACGCAAAAGAAGGCUCAGCAGACUGGACCCCAGACGCGGAACCAGGGUACCGGGCUGAUACGCGGUGGUCUGCACUGUGCGCAUCGCUGAAGGAGGAGAUCUGGGAGCUUCUUCAAGACAAGCAUCAUCCGUCAUGUGCGCAACGAGCAAGCGUGAUACAGUGUCAAGCAGAGGAGCAGUGGCAACACCUGCCGGCCCAUUUCCGGCUCGAGGGCAGUCUGAAGAAAUGCACACAAGGACCCUUCGGGCGGGAUUUCGUUGCCGGUGUACGGCUGCACCACUUACAUGUGCUUUUUUUGCUCCGUCUUUUACUUCUUAAAUCACCGACCGAGCCCGAUCUACCGACUGUUGAAACGGCGGGUCAGAUGCUCACGCUCGUUGUGGAGAUUAUUCUGCUGCGGGAUCAGCUCACUAAUUCUGGGACGGGUCUUAUCUGGAAGGUCGCAUACUACGGCCUCCCCGCUGCGGGGAUUAUGCUUCUGGCCAUGUUAAAGCAGCACAUGCCACGAGCGCACCGGACACGGUCAUUACAAGAUCUCAGUGUGUUUGUAGCGGAGGUGCAGAUCGGGACUAUUGUUAAACCUGGGGAUCCGAAUUACCCGUUGCUUUCCAAGGCCACUCGGACUAUACAGCGUUUUCUAGACUCGACUCAUUCGGAUCCGGCGCACUCUCUGCCUGAAAUGGCUGGACUUGAGGGUAAUGAAGAGUGGACGUCACUACUGAGUCAAGAUUUGUGGGAUUUCGAGGCUGGGUUCUGGCAGAAUUUGGCUGAUCAUCCGUCUUUGGUGGUGAUUGAGCCUUCUUUGCCUCCUGUCUAG